AUGGGUUCAGUGUGUGUCGAUGAGCAGGGCCCCACGCAGGCCGGUGGUCACGAUUUCAAGCACUUCACGAUCGAUGGUCUCUUUUCACCAAGCGAGACAUGUCUGCCAACGGCCCUGAGAGCCGAUGUCUUGCUCACAUCAUGGCUGAUUGUACUCAUACGUACGCGGGAGGAGCGCCAGGCGGAAUUUGAAUGGACAUACGGUGGCUGGGAAGAUGAUGAAAUUCAUCAGAGAAAACCCAGACGUCUAUCCACCGAUGAGGUGCUACCAGGGCUGAAACUAGACAGCUCCCUGAAAGAAGUUACCCAAACAGUCCUUCGACAUCACGCCUCAAGCGUGAAAGACCUAUGCACGGCAACAUCUUGUCCAAAAUAUCUAACUCUAAGCACCGGGGUACUAUCGCAGGCCUCUGCUGACGCACAAAACGAGGGGGCAAUCCACCUCGAGGUGCGCCUUGACGAUGGUCGUCUCGCAAUUCGCCCUGUGUGGUACAGCGACAAGGUCCUGCCAUACACUGCGGCGUUGCAUGUGGACAUUCUAGUCGACAUCAUCGGGAUAUGCCUUUCAAAUCCUGACGCAACUAUCCAGAGCUGCAUGGCACCAACCACUCACGACCUUGACUCAAUCUGGAGGUGGUGCCAUGAGCUUCCUCCUACUCUCGACUUCUGUAUGCAGGAUAUGGUCGCUGAGCAGGCGAGACGACACCCGGAGAAAGUGGGUAUCGACGCCUGGGACGGCAGCUUAACAUACGGCCAAAUCGAGCAGUAUUCCACCUUUUUGGCGGGCUUGCUAAGGGAAUCGGGCGUGGAGCUGCACGAUUUCGUUCCUCUGUGCUUCGAGAAGUCGAGAUGGACAAUCGUCGCUGUCCUGGCGGUGAUGAAAUCCGGCGCGACCAUCGCGAUGAUGGACCCGUCGCUUCCGCUUGGGCGCCUGCAAAACAUGGCAGUCCAAGUGAGCGCCAAGACGAUCGUUUCGUCACGCAUGCAACACGACCUGGGGUCAAAUAUUCUACCAGAAGGGAAACGAUUUGUCGUGGAGGAGGAGACUUUCUCACAUCUGUCAAACGACCAAGUAUUACCGACUCUCCCAGCCGUGCCACCCACUGCCUUGAUGUAUAUCAUCUUCACCUCAGGCAGUACGGGCACACCCAAAGGCGUCAAAAUAUCACACCAAACAUAUACAAGCAGCGCUAUCCCUCGAGCGGCGGCAGUGGGCUACUCAGAAGACUCUAGAGUCCUAGAUUUCGCAUCUUACGCUUUCGAUGUCAGCAUUGACAGCAUGCUCCUGACUCUGGGCAAUGGUGGCUGCCUCUGUAUCCCUUCCGAUGAGGACCGUCUCAACGACAUAAAUGGCGUGAUGCGGCAAAUGCGCAUCAACUAUGCGGGUAUCACACCCUCUGUGGCACGCAUCCUGGACCAGGACGUCAUUACCUCACUGAGCGCUCUUGGUCUGGGCGGCGAGGCAUCCGCCCCUAGGGAUGUCAACAUGUGGGGACAGGAAACAAGGAUCGUCAUAGGAUAUGGUCCUUGUGAAUGCACAAUCGGCUGCACCGUGAACAGCAGUGCCGCAACGGGAAGAGAUUACAUCUCCAUCGGUCCCGGCAACGGAGCGUCGAUCUGGAUCGUUGAUCCUAACGACCACGAAACCUUGUUGCCAGUUGGUGCUGUGGGUGAGUUGCUCGUGGAAGGUCCGAUCGUAGGACAGGGCUACCUGAACGAUGACGAGAAGACUGCGGCCGCUUUUAUACAUGACCCGGCCUGGCUUCUAGCUGGCCACAGAGGCUAUCCUGGCCGUCGGGGUCGUCUUUAUAAGACUGGUGACCUCGGAAUGUAUGACCCGGAUGGUUCUGGAGAGAUUGUAUUUGCCGGGCGCAAAGACACUCAAGUCAAGCUACGUGGUCAACGAGUCGAGCUUGGCGAGAUCGAGAGUCAGCUCAAGGCUGGUCUGCCUUCGGAUGCCAACGUGAUCGCCGAGGUCAUCGUUCCUAAGGCAUCCGGAGGACAACCUACGUUGGUGGCAUUUGUCUCACAAACCACCAAGGUCAACGGGGUGGAAGAAAUAGCAUCGGCUCAACUUUCAGCGGAACUUACCAGAGCAUUGUCCACUAUCAACACGACCUUGGGGAAGGUGUUGCCACGAUACAUGGUGCCGAACGCUUACAUCCCGGUUAACUACAUCCCAACCUUGAUCUCGGGCAAGAUUGAUCGCAAGCGACUGAGACAGUUCGGUGCCACUGUCGACUUGCAAAAGUUAGAUCAGGGCCCAGCAGCGAAGGCUACUCGGGAGUUCAGAGAAUUAAAUGACCUCGAGCAACGAUUGCGGCAUGCUUGGAGCUUGGUGCUAAAGGUCGACGAAGAUUCCAUCUACCCUGAUGACAAUUUCUUCGCGCUGGGCGGCGAGUCCCUGGCCGCCAUGAGACUUGUAUCCGUCUGCCGGGAGAGAGGCCUCGAUCUGUCUGUCAUUAGUACUUUUUCACAUCCUACACUUGAAGCCAUGGCUGCAACUGUCCGCAUCUACGACGUGGAUGUUCAAAACGAGACACCACCAUUUUCUUUGAUCUCUCAGUCAGUCGAGAGUGCGUGCCUGGAAGCAUCGCAGGCCUGCGGGAUAGAGCCAGCUGCUGUCGAGGAUAUCUACCCCUGCACACCCACCCAGGAGUCCCUAAUCACCUUCUCGCUCAAGUCAACGGAGUCAUACGUCGCGCAAAGGAUAGCGUGUAUUCCGUCCAACCUGAGCCUCGACAGCUUGAAGCAGGCGUGGGAGGCGGUCGUUGCGGCAAAUCCAAUCUUGCGCACUCGCGUGGCCCAGCUUCAAGACCCCGGCCUCCAACAGGUUGUGUUGAAGGAGCCCAUCCAAUGGAGACAAUCGGCCAAUCUAGCACAGUAUCUCGAAGAUGAUCGGAAAGAGAGGAUGGACCUCGGCCAGAGCUUGGCUCGGUAUGCCAUCGUCGAUGAUGCCAAUGAUGGCAAGCGGUACUUGGUAUGGACUGUGCACCACGUGCAGUACGACGGGUGGUCGGAGCCGUUGAUACUCGAGAUGGUCACAAAAGCCCUACAAAAUGGCAGCAUUGACGUACGGUCCAAGGCGCUUAUGAAGGACUUCGUCAAGUGGGUGCGUGAUACCGACCAAGACGCCAUGCAGGAAUUCUGGCGGAACGAACUGCACGGCGCGGCCGGGCCACAAUUCCCAAGCACUCCCUCGAGAGACUUCCUCCCUACGCCGGAUGGCACAGCCGAACGCCAAAUCAAACUAAACACAACCGAAGGACUACCCUUCACAAUCGCAACACUCAUCCGCGGCGCAUGGGCGCUCGUGGCCUCACAGUACACCGGCAGCGACGACGUCGUGUUCGGCGAGACGCUAACAGGCCGUGAUAUAUCGCUGCCGGGCGUCGAGGACGUCCUAGGGCCUCUAAAUGCCACGGUGCCCAUCCGCAUCCGCAUCGACAGGGCGGCAUCGGCAGCGUCGUACCUGCGCAGCGUGCAGCAGGCCAUGUCGGCUCGCACACCGUUCCAGCACAUGGGCAUGCAGUACAUCCGGCGGGUUAGUCAGGAUGCGCAGCACGCGUGUGAGGCUCCAACCGGCCUGGUCGUCCAGCCUGAGCCGGAGCUUGUUGGUGGUGAGCUUGGAUUUGGGCUUGGGGACCCCGUGCGCGAGGCGCUACACUUUAACCCAUAUCCUCUUAUGCUGGCCUUUGGGCUGCGCAAGGGAGGUUUUAGGGUGUGUGCCAGCUUUGAUACCAGUCUGAUUGACGUGGCACAGAUGGACAGGGUCCUUGCGCAGGUCGAAAUGGCUUGCUUGCAGUUGACCGAGGAUCUUGAAAGGAAGGUCGGCCAAGUCUCAUGUAUGCCCAAGGAGGAACUGAAUCAGAUCUGGAGCUGGAACCAGACGGCCCCAUUGACUCACGAGGAGUCAACAGGCAGGCUUCGAGCGCAUGGAAGCAUCAAGCCCGGGUCGGCCUAUCCUCGAGCAGCAGUCCCUUGGGUUUGUGACUCGCGCAACCCAUCACGGCUGUCACCCAUCGGUUGUCAAGGAGAACUCUGGCUAGAAAGUGCCAUGCUUGAGGGUGAAACAGUCGAGUCUCCAGAUUGGCUAGUGGCUGGAAGCUCCGAGUAUAUCGGCCGCGCAGGCAAGGUGCUGUCAACCGGCGACAUCGUCGAGCUGAGACCAGACGGGAGCCUGAUAUACGUCGGUAGGAAGGAUGACAUGAUGCCGGUAUCGGGACAUUCAGUGAACGUCGCAGACCUGGAAGCACACUGUGCCAGGUUCCUGCCAGCGUCAUCCCGUGCCGCUGCAGCGGUGUUCCAACCAGUGCAGAAUGACAAGGCGCAGGAACAGGAUCAAGAGCUUAUCAUCCUCGUCGAGCAACAGCCAAGCCAGGAGGGUAACGUCGAAGUCAUGUUCAUGAGGCAUGAUAUCAGCUGCGACGAAGCAGAUCCUGAGAGCUUCAGAGCGACUGUUUCUUCCGAAAUUCCAAUCAGCCUUGCGGUUGCGCUCAAAAAGCUCGACAAAUUCAUCAGGGACGAUCUGCCAUCAAGCUUGUUGCCCUCGGCUUACGUCCUGGUUGACAGGCUACCCCUUCAGAACGGGCAUCUCGACCGUGGCGUGCUGAAUCAGUUUGCCUCCACGAUUCCACAACAUGUUCUUGGCCAGCUCCGAGACGGAUUCAAAAAGGUCUGGGAGUCGGGCCUAGGGCAGGCAAACUUGUCCGUGUCGGAAGACAUCCUGCGAUCUGCAUGGGCAAAGCUUCUCCGCAUGCGUCCGGAGCAGAUUGAUGUCGACGACAACUUCUUCCGUCUCGGCGGCGACUCAGUGCUGGCAAUGAAAUUGGUGGCAGGUCUGCGUGCCCAGGGGCACGGUCUUUCUGUGGCUGAUAUCUUCCAGCACAUGCGUCUCGGUGAUGCGGCAAGAGUCUUGAAGGUGAACUCCGCGUCGGCUGGCAAGGUCCUGCCCUACAAACCUUUCUCGACGCUGGGUCUUCCGAAUGUGGACCAAUUUUUUAUCGAUAUCGUGCGCCCUAAACUUGCUGUGGCCGAUUGGUCGAUCAAGGACGCGGCACCGGUGACAGACUCUCAGGCCCUCGACAUCAGGGGGACUGUGCAAGUACCACGAACAUCUGUGCAAUACACCAUGCUGCAUCUCAACCAAGACAUUGAUCGAGAGAGGCUUUUCCGCGCUUGCAAAGACCUGGUCAAGGCCCAUGACAUUUUGCGGACAGUAUUUAUCGAGCAUGAGUCGGCCUUCUUCCAGAUCGUGCUUAAUGAUCUCGAUACGCCUGUAAUCACACGAGACGCUGACGAGGAUAUCGAUGAAUUCGUCGCCAAUAUUUGUAAAAAGGACAUAGAAUCCGAGUUCGCGCUGGGUUCUUCGUUCCUCAAACUAUUCCAUGUCGAAGGCAAGAAUAGCCAACACUGUCUCAUCAUCAGGCUAUCUCACUCGCUUUAUGACGGACUCUCCCUUCCAAGGCUCCUUCAAGAUCUAGAGACUUUCUACAGUGGUGGAAAGGUCGCUGAGUUUGCCUCAUUCCCCACCUACAUGGCCCGCACCACCGAGAAGGGCAUAGAGACCAAAGCGCUCGGCUACUGGAGUCAACUGCUGAGAGGAUCUUCACUAUCCGUCCUGGAAGGCCAGUCAACACAGCCCGAGGACAGAGGGGUCUUCAAGGAAGACGCCGCCGUUGAGAACUUCCAGCCUCCAGCGGGCAUCACCACCGCGAACCUGCUCACCGCAGCUUGGGCACUUCUCUUGGCGCGCCGCCUGGGCAAGGCAGACGUGACGUUCGGUGGCGUAACAUCAGGCCGCGGCAUCGACAUGGCCAACGUUGAGAACAUUGUCGGUCCUUGCUACCAGCUGACGCCCAUCCGCGUGCCUUUCAAAUCAUCAUGGACUGCGAUCGACCUCAUGCAGUUCGUACAGCGGCAGAGCGGCGAGUCAGCGGCGCACGAUUUUGUUGGCUUCGAGAAGAUCUCCAGGCAGUGCACCCAGUGGUCAUCGCAGUCGGAUGCGCAAUUCUUCGACUCCAUUGUGCAUCAUCAGGACUGGGAUGAUUCCGACGAGAUGCCCUUCGCCAGUACAACUGCCAGGUUGGAGAUUCUGAACCCACAUGGAGAUGCUGCGCGGCCCCUGAAGGCUGUGUCGUUUGUUAAGGAUGGGAAUCUCCGUGUUGGUCUAGUUGGUAGUGAGAGGGAUGAGCUGCUCGUUGGCUCAAUCCUUGCAGAGCUCGUUACUGCUGUCCAGGAGCUCGUGAGCUCCCCUGAUGGCCAGCUCUUGCUUCGUCCCGAUGCCCUCUAG